AUGUUUGUCCACACUUUCUACAGAGAUGCUGGCGAUUCUCUCAACGACUGUCGCAUCAUGUUCGUAACCGAAAUCUACAAGAUCGAGGAGCCGGGAAGUUCGGAGGGUCCAGGAGCCUCUUCUGACAGCCCUCUCAAGAGGUCGAACGGACCCGAGUGCAAGGUCUGCAAAGACGACCCGAAGAAGAACUGCCGCAUGUGCAACUGUCACGUUUGCGGCGUGAAGCAGGAUCCCGACAAACAGCUGCUGUGCGACGAAUGCGACAUGGCUUUUCACACCUACUGCCUGAACCCACCGCUCACCACCAUCCCUGAGGACGAGGACUGGUAUUGUCCUGAAUGCCGUAACGAUGCCAGCGAGGUGGUUCUGGCUGGAGAGAAGCUGAAGGAAAGCAAGAAGAAGGCCAAGAUGGCGUCUGCGAGCUCGUCCAGUCAGAGGGACUGGGGGAAGGGUAUGGCGUGUGUCGGCCGCACUAAACAGUGCACCAUCGUUCCCUCCAACCAUCACGGCCCCGUUCCUGGAGUCCCAGUGGGAAUGCUGUGGAAAUUUAGAGUGCAGGUGAGUGAAUCCGGCAUUCACAGGCCUCACGUCGCUGGGAUUCACGGCAGAAGUAACGACGGCGCUUAUUCACUGGUUCUUGCCGGAGGCUAUGAAGACGAUGUGGACGACGGUAACGAGUUCACCUACACGGGCUCCGGGGGUCGCGACCUCUCAGGAAACAAGAGGACGGCCGAGCAGUCCUGCGAUCAGAAGCUCACCAACAUGAACAGGGCUCUUGCUCUGAACUGCAACGCGGCGGUGAACGAGAAGGAAGGCGCCGAGGCCAAAGACUGGAAGGCUGGGAAACCCGUGAGAGUCGUGCGCAGCUCCAAAGGACGCAAACACAGCAAGUACAGUCCUGAAGACGGCAACCGAUACGACGGCAUUUACAAG